AUGGCCUCUCCCAGCCACGAGGAUCACACCGACCUCGAGUCGCUCUUUGGUGAUGGCGAGUACCAGGACGAGGCCGAGAGUGAGCCUCAAGCUACUCAGAAGCGCUCGAUGAUACAAUUUCCUCGGGCUGCUGUCUUAUCACAAAACGUGGGGACCAUUGCACCCUCUUCGGUCCCUAGCUCAACUGAACACACUCAUUCUUCUGGGCGCUUGUCCAGUCAUAGCAUUUCCCCAGCGAUGAGCACAGUCUCAAAGGUCUAUUCCCACAAUAAUAAACGAGACGCGUCGCCGGGUCCCGGUCCACAGACCAAAAGGCGACGCGUUGAUAUGGGAGGUCGUGCUUCCGUUGAUAAUCGCAAAAGUAUUCUUGAAAACUUAGGGUUGGCGGUAGGAACUACCAAUACCUUGACACAAGCAAAAUUGAAGUCGGUAGCUGGACUCUUGGCUCCACCAACAAAUUUGUCUCGGCAUGCGCCUCGAAGCUCGAAAGGAAAGGUCAAUCUUCCAGUGCAUUCCAACGCGCCCACGAUUACUUCAGGAACUGGUACUGCCACAGACCCAGUCAUCAUUCCGGACGAACCCCCUAGUCAAUUGUCAUCCACCAUACCCCUAGGAGCUACUCGGCGCAUCACCCGUUCGCAAGAGGCUCACAUAUUGCUCAACGCACUACCAGACGACCCUUCCGAUGUUCUCACCCAAACCCUGCGGACUAUCUUGAAGACACCUACCGCCAUUCCUCGUGGCCGAACUAGUAUUUCCCGUGACACUGCGGUAUAUCUAGCCAAUGGACGGCUGACUGGUACCCCAUUUUUACGUUUAUUACGCCACCUGGCUAGCCCAGCUCGAAGCAAUAAUCCGGCGCUUGGACUGACACUGCUCAAGAAAUUAGUCGAAGCAAUGCGUGCUACAGAAGAUGCGACUUCCAAGUCAGCGUCAUCUGCUGCUUCUACCCCCAUGCCCGCUACUCCCGAUACUCCCACCACUACCACAUUCGUUCCGCACGACGGGUCAGGCCUUAAUUGCCCUACCGAACAAGUAUUUGAACCAAGUCUCUUCUCUGACGUCGAAGCUUCUGCCAUGGAGCUGGGUGAUCUACCUCCCUCAACAAUCACUGAGGUUGACCAAACCGUCCCGAUGGAUAUCGUUAUAGACCCGGAAUUGCUUGCCCUAUCCAGUAAUCCGGGCUAUCUACAACCCCCAAAUGCCUCCCAAAACUUUGACAACUUUGAUGUUGAUUUGGAAGAGCUAUUCCGAGCUUUGCCUUCAGGAUCUGACAACACGGCGUCCACCAAUGAACCGAUGCCCAUGCUUGAACCUCUGGCUUCUGAUUCUUCCAUUGACUGGGCCGGUUGGGCUCCCGAAGAGCAGCUUUUCCCCACAGAUCUUAUCCAAAGUGGUCAGACUCUCUCGACCCCGAUUUCAGGUAUACAAGAGCCUGAGCAAUCUACUCGUUCGAUUUCGGAGCAAGAGCUAAAACAGCAAGCCACUUCGGCUGGAACAGCGCGCAUCCCAACUAGAGCCGAGGCGGCCGCCCUGCUGGAACGGGCUCGCGCUCGCAAAAAAGAACUGGAACAAAAGCUCCUUGCGGCAAGACGCCAGCUGUGGGGUUGCAAAAUUGAAGCUGGUGUAGAACGGAACGUCCUAGAAGCGUUGAAGAGAGAACGGUAG